UUUCUCUCUAUAAAUUUUGGUGUAUGUGAGCAACAUUGAAAACAUAAGUAAAUAAGUUGAAAAAAUAAGAUUCUUCCCAAUUAGCAACACAGCAAGAUUCCAUGUUCAAAACUGAUGCACGUCAUGGACAGAUUAGACUAAUAAUAGGAGUUCCCAUGGCUAUUAUUAAACACAACUAAUCCAUCUAGCAGCAAACCUCAUGUCCUCACAUCCAGGUCUCUUUGGAGAUCCCUCUCACAGAAAAUUCCUAAACCCUUCUGACUCUGAUUUUUUCAGCCUUCUGAGGUAAAGAAGCCUCGACUGCCUGGUUUGUAGAGGUACAGAUGGGGAUUAUCAGCCUACUACUACCAUUGUCACGUGGUGACUAUGUUGUUUUAUGUCUGUCUCUGUCUCUGUGGUUUAGCUGGCUGUUAUUUUUAAACAUUUUAUAGUCCAAAAAAGCUUUCCACUGAUUGGUUAACUGGAUUAUGAAGCAGGCAAGGACAGCAAUAGUGAACUGGUUAAGCCCGAACGAUACACAGAGGGAGGCUGCAGGUAUAAAAAGGGAGAUCAGCUGUUGCAGACCACAAUCUCAGCUGACCCCGGCACACUGUACCAAGAUUUGAGACAACUGAGAAGAGAACACUCCAAAAGAGAUUCCAGAAAUGGCAAAGGUUUUCAAGAAGACCAGUGGAAACGGAGGGCUGACCCUCUUUCUGGGGAAGAGAGACUAUGUGGACAACAUAACUUCAGUGGACAGAGUUGAUGGUGUUGUAAAGCUGGACACAACUGAUUUUGGAGACAGGAAAGUGUUUGUGCAGCUGGCAUGUGCCUUCCGUUAUGGUAGCGACGACCUGGAUGUGAUAGGCCUGUGCUUUAGGAAGGACAUCUGGAUCCACCACAUCCAGAUCUACCCUGAGAGCCACAAGCCCGCUCUGAGCGCCAUGCAUGAAACCCUGUUGAAGAAGGCUGGGGACAACACUUACCCAUUCACCUUUGAAAUUCCCAACAACCUGCCAUGCUCCGUCUCUCUGCAGCCUGGGCCUGAUGACAAGGGGAAGGCUUGUGGUGUCGACUUUGAGGUCAAAACGUAUCUUGCCAUGGAAAAGGCCAAUCCUGAUGAGAAGAUUGAAAAGAAGGACACUGCUCGCCUUGUCAUUCGCAAAAUCCAGUACGCCCCAUUUCAGGUGGGCGCUGGGCCCAAGGCUGAAAUCUGCAAAAGCUUCAUGAUGUCCGACAAGCCCGUUCAUCUAGAAGCGUCAAUGGAGAAAGAUCUCUACUUUCAUGGCGAACUAAUCCCAAUCAAAAUCAAAAUCAAAAAUGAGAGCAACAAGACAGUUAAGAAAAUCAAAAUCACCGUGGACCAAACCACAGACAUUGUCCUCCACUCAGCAGACAAAUAUACCAAGACUGUUCUUACCCAAGAGUUUGGAGAAACAGUGGAUCCCAGUAGCACCUAUGAGAAUACUCUGCAAAUCACUCCCCUGCUGACUGAAAACAAGGAGAAAAGAGGUCUUGCAUUGGAUGGACGACUGAAGGACGAGGACACUAACUUGGCCUCCACAACUCUCCUGAAAAGGGGUAUAGAAAAAGAGGUGUUGGGAAUCCUGGUUUCUUACAAGAUUAAAAUCAACCUCAUGGUGGGUGGAGCAGGCCUGCUGGGUGGCCUCACUGCCAGUGAUGUCACAGUGGAGCUUCCACUGAUGCUCAUGCACCCCAAGCCUGAAGAGUAAAGACAGCACUGAGUAGAGAUGUUACCCUGGAGGCUGGGAAGAAACCCAUAUAAUGACAGCAAGGCAAUGAGGGGAAGUGACACAAAGCAAGGACGACGACAGACAUGACUCUUGUAAUGACAUAACAAUAACCAAGCAGCUGAAGACAAUGAAAACACACCAAGGAAACACAAACAGAUGUAACAUCAGUCCCCUUGCAGACUUUGCUGCUCUUGUCUUUGUUGUUUAAUGAAUAUUAUAUAGCUGUAGAGGGAGCUUUGUAGAAUCGUAUCCAACAGGUAAAGACUUGUAUAAAAACUCAUACAUAACAUGUACAAAAUGGGUUUGAAGCCUCUAACACCACAAUGCUGUGGAUUACUAAAAAAAAUGAUAGAAUUAAACUCAUCAAUAAUUUUGAAUGACUCUUUAUUCUUUCCAUGAAAUGUAUCAGUUUGUGUUUUUGACUGGUGAAGUCAA